AUGAUAGAUGUAGAAACAUGGUACAGCAAAGCCGAGAAGAUCAUACUAGCAUUGGUAUAUGCAAAAAGGAAACUUCGACACAACUUUGAGUCACACAGCAUCAAAGUUCUUACCAACUACCCCAUGCGAGUCAUUCUUUUUAAACCGGAUUUAUCCAGAAGAAUAACUAAAUGGGCAAUCGAGCUUAGUUCUAUUGACAUAUCCUACGAACCGAAGGUGUCGCACAAAGGGCAAACACUAGUUGAUUUCCUCUUGGAGUAUGAAGAUAAGCCAGAGGAGCCAGGCCCUUCCAAGCCACAAUGGGAGCUUCGGGUGGAUGGUUCCUCGAGCUUGAUUAGUGCUGGGGCAGGAGUCAUUAUCACAACUCCCGAAGGCACCAAGCUACAGCAGUCAAUUCGGCUGACUUUUCUUGCUACUAACAAUGAGGCGGAAUAUGAGGACCUGCUCGCAGGACUUCGGUUAGCAAACCAACUUCAGGUAACAGGCCAGUACCAGCCUAAGGAGGAUAGAAUGAAAGCCUACAGAGAAGCUAUGGAGAGUGCCUCACGAAGGUUCAACCAGAUCGAAUUCCAUCAGAUACCUCGCGAGGAGAAUUCUGAAGAAGAUCAGUUGGCUGCAACAGCAUCUUCCUCAGAUGAAGAUUUGGUCCGGAUCGUACCAAUUGACAUCCUGGACGAACCAAGUAAAAUCCCUCGACAGGAGAUAAUGGUGAUCCCAAAUGUCCCACACGAACCAUGCUGGAUGGAUCCGUUGGAAGCUUACCUUAAGAAGGGCACUCCCCGAACUAGAAGGCCAAGGCGCAGAAACUUAGGCUCACCGCAGCCAAACAUGCUAUCAUCAAUAACCAACUAUACCGAAAGUCAUUCUCAGAUUCAUGAUGGGGAUUGUAGCAAUCACUCUAGAGGUAGAUCUUUGGCACAUAAAAUUCCGACUCAAGGUUAUUUCUGGCCUUACUUGGCUCGGAAUGCUGAAGAGUAUGCCAGAAGUUCUUUGCCCAAGAUUGUGGAGAAAAAGGAAUACGUGUUGCUAGCCACCGAUUACUUCACUAAAUGGGUAGAAGCUGAAGCUUACUCGAGCGUGACCCAUGAACAAGUGAAGAGUUUUCUAUGGAACAACAUAAUCUGCCGAUUUGGGGUGCCAAAUGUUAUCAUGAUGGACAAUAGCCUAAAUUCAGAUAACUGA